UAGGUAUAAUUUGAUACAUGACUAAUCAAUAAGGUUUCUUCAUUGAGAAGGAGAAAGAAGGAAGAUAAAAAAAAAAGUUUGCAAAGUGGAUCAUAUCUGAGAAAAAGACUGGACCCUCUUCCUGUCACAACUUACAACUUUAGGAUUAAAUAUUUACUUUUUGAUAAAUAAGAAAGCUUUGAUCUUUCUUUGCUUGUUCUAUGACCCUUUUCUUUAUACAAUUCUAAUUAUCUCCAUAUUCUUUCAAUUCCACAAAAAUUGAGGAAAAGAAAAUGGUCUAAAAAAAGUGUUGCAUGGCGAGUCAAAGAAUUGGAGAGCUUGAUUUUUCUGAACCUUAUGGAAUUCAUCAUAGGAUUAACAAUCCUUCAUCAAGUUUAAUCAAUGAUCAAGGAUCUGGAUUUGAUUUUGGGGAGCUAGAAGAAGCAAUUGGUCUGCAAGGAGUUAAGAUUAGAAAUGAUGAAACAAAAGCAUCAGCUUUUUUCACAGGCAAACCUGCAGCUACACUGGAAAUGUUCCCUUCUUGGCCAAUGAGAUUCCAUCAAUCCUCAAUAGGAGGUACUAAUAACAAAUCAGGGGGUGAAAGCAGUGAUUCAGCACUUUCAAGCAAAAAUGAGAACCCUUUUGAGCCAGAAUCACCCUUAAGUAAAAAAGCAUCUUCUUUUUGUUCUUCAGAUCAAUUACAACAUCUGCAACUACAACAAGAUAUGACAAAUAAUAAUGAUGUUAUUAAAACAGCUUCUUCACCAAAAUCAGCUCAUGAAAAGUUGCAGAGAAAGGGAGGUGGUUCCACAUCAGAUAAUAAGCCACUUGAUGCAAAGACAUUGAGACGUUUAGCACAAAACAGAGAGGCUGCAAGGAAAAGUCGCCUAAGGAAAAAGGCUUAUGUGCAGCAACUAGAGUCAAGUAGAUUAAAGCUUACACAACUUGAACAAGACCUUCAAAGAGCACGAUCUCAGGGUAUGUUCAUGGAUUGGAGUGGUGGUGUUGGAAGCAAUAUUAGCUCUGGUGCAAUGUUUGACAUGGAAUAUGCAAGAUGGUUAGAAGAGGAUAACCGUUUGUUAACGGAGCUUCGAAACGGGUUAGAAGCGGCGUUAUCAGAUAAUGAAAUGAGAGUAAUGGUGGAAGGGUAUUUAUGUCAUUAUGACGAAGUAUUUAGGGUGAAAGGCGUGACUGCAAAAGCAGACGUGUUUCAUGUUAUAAAUGGCGGGUGGACUUCUCAAGCUGAACGGUGUUUUCUAUGGAUCGGUGGUUUUAGACCCUCAGAAAUAAUAAUGAUGUUGAUCCAACAAUUAGAAGCAGUAGCGGAGCAACAGAUAAUGGGAAUGUAUGGACUUCGACAUUCAUCACAACAAGCAGAGGAGGCUCUGUCUCAAGGACUUGAUCAGUUGCAACAAUCUGUUGUGGACACCAUUGCUGGAGCUCCUCUUGUUGAUGGUGUUCAACAAAUGGUUGUUGCUGUUGGUAAGCUUGCCAAUCUUGAAGGGUUUCUUCGCCAGGCCGAUAAUUUGAGGCAACAAACUCUUCACCAAUUAUGUCGAUUACUCACAGUUCGUCAAGCUGCACGCUCUUUUCUUGUUAUUGGAGAAUACUAUGCAAGACUUCGAGCCCUUAGUUCUCUUUGGGCAUCAAGAUCACGAGAUCAGACCAUCAUUACUAGUGAUGAAAACUCAUGCCAAACAACCACUGACAUGCAAAUGCUUCAACCUUCUCACAAUCAUUUCUCCAGUUUCUGAUAUAUAUAUAUUGCCCCACAUGUGGAUUUUGUUGGCCUGCUUUACAAACAAUGUCACUGUUAUCUAGCAAAAUAUAUUUAUUUUUCUUUUCUAUCCUCUGUUCUAGUCUCUUUAUGUUUUAAUGUAAAUGUAAAUUGAGCUUAAUGUGCAUGAUGAGGAAGCUCCAACUUUAGCUAAAGAGAAAUAGAGCAACAGUUUAUGAAGCAUGUCAGAUACUCCUUAGGUAAAGUAUCUACAAAGUUAAUAUUGCUAUCUCCUUGCUAGCUAAUUUGUUCUUUUCUAUUAACUAAACUAUAUAAUCUUUCAUUAAUUUGAA